CACUGACCACUUCCCUAUUAGCCCUUCACGUCUGAGAACCUCGGUACCCUCGUCUACCAUACAUCUCUACUCAGCAACUCGAUCGCCCAUCUAGUCGCCUGCAUUGUGUUCUCCAACAUCGCUCCUGAUUACCCACCCAGCUUCGCACCCACAUUUGAACGCUCGUCUGUGCUCGCUUCGCGCCACUAGCGGGCCGAGAGCUCCGCUUUUCUGACAUGAGUUCUCGCAGCUCGCAGGGUAUCGCUGCCCUGCUAGACAAGUCAAAAUCCAACGAUGCCGACUUUCGUUAUAUGGCGCUAUCGGACCUUAUCACUGAGUUGAAAAGGGACGUCUUCUUGCAGAUGGAUUCUACGCUGGAGUCAAAGACAGUCACGACUACGCUUGAUCUAAUGAAGGACAAGAAUGCAGAGGUUAAGAACAUGGCCGUGAGGUGUCUCGGCGUUCUCACAAGUCGCGUGAAGCCAGCGCAAAUUCAGAUCAUUGUUGAUAGGCUGGUGGAGUACAUUUCAGCCAAAGAGGAGGAGCAACGCGACAUAGCUGCGCUCGGGCUCAAAACUGUGUUGGCGGAGCUGCCUGCAGACUCCGAGACUGCCGGAAUCGCAGGCUCGAAGCUGGCGCCCAAGUUGCUCCACCAGAUUGCUGAGCCCUCAGCUUCUCAAGAGCUUCUGAUUGACAGUACAGAGCUGCUCGGAGACCUUUUCACCAGACUGCCAAGCAUCGCAGCUUCGGAUGCGACAUUGCAGCAGCGAGCGCUGCAAGUGCUAGUCACACGCUUAUCUCACGAUCGAGCGGCGGUCCGCAAACGAGCGGUGACUGCCUUGUCGGCGUUGGGCGCCCACAGCAAAUCAGAGGUCUUCACCGGCAUAGCGACCGCCAUCAUCACUGUUCUCGACACGACGCAGGGCCCGAGCAAAGCUCAACUGACGGAAAGUCAGAAGACCAUGGUGCAGCUCGUUGGCAGUCUCGCCAAGACUUGCCCGAAACGCAUCGGUAGAAGACUUCCAGAGCUCAUGCCGCGCGUCAUUGCGGCUACGCAAGUCGAUGAUGAUGAACUGCGCGAGGCUUGUUUGCAGUGCAUGGAAGCCGUCCUUCAGCAGUGUCCCUCGGAAAGCACGCCGUUCGUUCGAGGCAUCAUCGAUGAAGCCUUGAAGCUGCUGCAGCAUGAUCCGAAUUAUGCUGGAUUUGAUGGAGAUGAUGGGGACAUGGAAGUCGAUGAAGACGAGACGUUCGACGACGACGACGACGAGGUCCUCGACGAAGAUUACUCUGAUGACGACGAUCUAUCGUGGAAGGCUCGUCGUGCAUCGGCUAAGGUCUUAGCAGCUGCGAUCAUGACGCGACCCGAGCAGCUCACCGACUUUGCCAGCUCAAUUGCACCCGUGCUUGUGGUCCGUUUUGCGGAGCGUGAAGAAGGCGUCAGGCUAGAGAUCCUGCAAACUUUCAAAACGCUGCUGCGUCAGCUGCAACUGUACGACGGGACUGCUCAGGCUACCGAGGUGCUUGUACAGAGUCCGGGAGCGUUGAAGCGCAAGAGAGACGCAAUGGAGACGGACGAGAGCCACGCUUUGCACCCCCGGUCGCAGCUGCGCAAGCUUGAGCCUGCGAUCGCCAAAGCUAUGUCCAAGGAGAUCAAUUCAAAGUCGGUGUCCACUCGUUUUGCAUGCUACGCUCUGCUUCGAGAGCUCGUCCUGGUCCUGCAAGGCGGACUUGACGCCCAUCUGUCGUCGCUCAUUGAGCCCACUGAGAAGGCGCUGAAGGGCACAGACUACACGGCCGGCAGCGCUGCUAAUCUGAGAGGAGAGGUACUUGGCUUCUUCCGUCUCGUGUUUCAGUGGCACGAAUCUCGAGCUUUCGAGGCAUCCCUACCUCGCGUCGUGCCUGUCGUCAUUUCUGCAAUCGACGACAAGAUCCAGCGAGACGUUGUAGAGGCAUUUGCCGUCGUCAGACAGCUUGUUGCAGUACUACGGCCGGACGGCUCGGCCCCCUCCGGCUCGUCAGGUAAGGCUCUCGAGCCUCUCGCGAAUGCAGUCCUUGCUCGGCUUUCUCGAGCCGAUUCAGAUCAAGAGAUCAGAGAUCGUGGAAUCGAGACAAUCGGUGACCUCGUUGCGAGAGCAGGGGACGAUCUCGCAGAUCUUCGUACAGCAGCAUUCACGCAGCUCUUGCAGGGUCUGCAAAAUGAACUCACACGGUACUCCUCCGUCAAGGCGGUGGGGCAAGUCGCCUCAAGCCCUGGUGCUACGGGAACUCAAGUGGAAUCAUUUGUGUCAGCAGCCAUCAAUGAAGUAGUGCCCCUCCUUCGCAAGCCAAAUCUUGCUCUCAAUCUGGCUGCAUUCGACACCUUAGCAGCCUUGUUGCGCAAGUUUGGCGAUAAGCUAGACGGACCCCGUAAACAAGAGAUUGUGAGGGAAGUUACGCCCAUUGUCGGAGAGUCAGCGGACUUCAACUUGCUGCCCGUCGCUCUCGCAGUCGUCAGCUUGGUGGUGGCUCACAGCAACGACUCUGCAACUCAGGGGGUGGUGGACAGCGAGCUCAUCCCGGCACUUCUCCACUCAGUCCGCUCCCCAUUGAUGCAAGGCGCGCCCCUCGAGGCCGUCACAAGCUUCUUGGGGACUUACACUCGCGCCAAUUCUCAAGUUGCUGCUUCAACGAUCCAAGCUUUGUUGGCCGCUCGUACGACAAGCAAGAAAGCGGACGUGGCUCAACAUCAGACGACGACGACGACGAUCGCUCGCUGCGUCGGCGCUGUCACUCGCUACGCGCCCGAUCAGGCAUCAGCGGUCGUCCAAUCCGCUCGAAGUGCGUUGUCCUCGGAUCUAUCUUCUUCGAGGGAAUCUGAGCUUUGCUUCAGUUUGCGCCUGAUCGGCGAGGUCGGCCGUUCAAAGGAUCUCUCUGGCGACGCAUCCCUUCUCGAGCUGAUCACAAGCCUUUACGUGCAUCAAUCCGACGACGUCAAGGCUGCCGCUGCGCUUGCCAUCGGCAGUCUUGCCGUGGCCAAUCCUGAGACCCUGCUACCAAGCAUUUUGCAGCAGAUCAGCGCUACGUCCGACAGCAAGCGUCAACUUUUGGCUUUGCAGUCUUUGCGAGAGCUUAUCACGCACGCUGACCAAGGCCCCCUUGCCGGAAGUCUCGGUCGAGUGUGGACGCCCUUGCUUGAGCAGUCUCAGUCGGCAGACGAAGCAACGCGGAACAUCAUCUCGGAAUGCCUGGCGCGCUUGACCCUCACCGAUCCUCGCGCCUACCUGCCGCAACUUCACACCCGCAUCCAUGAUCCAAACCCAGGAGUGCGAGCUUCGUCCAUCGCGGCUAUUCGCUACACUCUCCUCGAGGCAAGUGCCACUUUCGACGAGCAGCUGGCGUCAACCUUGGUCGACUUCCUGGGUCUCAUGCAAGAUGAGAGUCUUGAGGUCCGCCGGCAUGCGGUGUUCGCUCUCAACUCUGCAGCACACAACAAGCCUUCGCUCAUUUCUGACCAGCUGGUGGUGCUGCUGCCUUUGCUUUACAAGGAGACCUUGCCCAGGCCCGAACUUCUGCGCAAAGUGACGAUGGGUCCCUUUAUUGUCACCCACGACGAUGGCUUAGACCUGCGAAAGACUGCGUACGAGACCAUGCUGACGCUGCUGGAUACUAGCUUUACUAGGAUAAGCUUGCCCGAAUACAUGGAUCGCGUCAUUGCCGGUCUCAGUGACGAGGACGGUAUCAAAGUGCUCUGCUACUUGAUUCUGAUCCGCCUUUCUGAUGUGGCUCGCCUGCAGCUCUCUCCAUACUUGGAUGCGAUCGCGACGCCAAUCACAUCCACGCUCAAGCUGAAGCCUAAAGAUGCAGCAUCCAAGCAAGACAUUGAGCGCGCCGGUGAAAUGCAAAGGUCCAUCUUCCGAGCGCUCAUCGCACUCGAGAAGGUUCCAGCCGCUUCGCACGCUGCCAAAUUUGCUGCACUUAUCAAAGAGGCGAGAGCGGUGCCGCACGGUGCUUACGAGGCGGCUGCCAGCGCGAGUCGCAAGACUACAGCAUAGAAGCUCGUCCGACAGAAAGGCAAAUGCACUCGCAUUCGAACACCAAUCAAGACGAGGCGAGAAGAGAAUACAAUUCGAAAAUGCUGAUGUGAUACAAAUA